GACCAGGGAUCGCGGGGCUCCUGCUCCCUGGGAGCGUGGAAGGUGGGGGGGAGAAGCAAAGACGACCCCGGGCUGCUUUCUCCCCCCGCCCCUCCUACCCUCUUAUUUGUUGGUCCCGCAUUCAAAAGGAGCUGGCCGGGGAGGGGGAAAGCAUUUCCCACUGACCGACGCUGGAGAGCGAUGCAGUGAGCAAAGUUGAAGUCUGAACCGAAACUAGGUUCUUCCCUCUCUCCCCCCCGCCCCGCUUUGCAACUGGGAUCCGAUCCAAGACUGCACAAUGGCCCCCUUUCAUCUUUCCUUCUGAAAUCAAAACAAGCUCGGUGCAGAGGUACUAUGUGGAGGAAUACCAAGGAAGACGCUGCUUUAAGGAAGAGGCUCUCCCUGAGCUGCCUUCACCCUGGCUGCAAAGCAAAGAGGCUUUUGUGCAGAGAGAGUGUUAAUACAGGGGGAUGCAGCUUGUUGGCCGUUAAAGUACUGAAGAUGAAAAGGUGCUUCGAAGGUGUCGGGCUGCAAUGUUUUCUGAAGGAUAGGGCUAUGGCUGUGACACAGGCCCAGAAGUACCUUCUUAUCUUCGACUUUGAUGAGACCAUCGUGAAUGAGAACAGUGACGACUCUGUCAUCCAGACUGCUCCAGGGAAGCAGCUUCCAGAGUUCAUCCGCCAAACCUUCCGUGAAGGUUUCUACAAUGAGUACAUGCAGCGGGUUCUGCAGUACUUGGGUGACCAAGGGGUGAAGAUGGCCAAUUUUAAAGCGGUCUAUGAAAAGAUCCCACUCUCUCCCGGCAUGGGCGACCUCUUCCAGUUCCUCUCCAAGCAGCAGGACCACUUUGAGAUCAUCCUCAUCUCCGAUGCCAACAUGUUUGGCAUUGAAUGUGCCUUGAGGGCUGCCGGUGCCUACUCCCUCUUCCGUAAAAUCUUCAGCAACCCGUCAAGCUUUGAUAAGAGGGGCUACUUCACCUUGGGUCCUUACCACUCACACAGCUGCCCCCGGUGCCCAGCAAACAUGUGCAAGCACAAGAUCCUGACGGAAUACCUGGCCGAGAGAGCACAAGAGGGAGCCAGGUUUGAGAGAGUCUUCUAUGUCGGAGACGGAGCCAAUGAUUUCUGCCCUUCCACGGCGAUGAAGUCGAGCGAUGUUGCGUUCCCGAGGAAAGGCUACCCCAUGCACCAGCUCAUCCUGGAGAUGGAGAAAAACCAAACUGGGGCCUACCAGGCCACCGUAGUCCCAUGGGACUCCGCUGUAGAAGUUUUGUGUUACCUUCAAGAAGCGCUCAAGAAAAAAUGUUGAUUGGGAGAGGACCUGGUGGGAGAAGCAGCACCGCCCGACAAAGCUGCUUGGAAAGAUCCAAAGGAUUAACAUCAUACCUCUCAUGCUUGGCUUAAGACUCUCUGGGUUUUCUCCACCUCAGAAUCUCUGUCUCUGGAUCUUCCCUUCCUUUGAUCUUGAGAUAUGGGCUCUCUAUGCAGUUAGGAAAUCCAUUCAAGGAAGGGUGGGUGGAUGAUUGGCCAUUUUAAUAUUUUUGAUCGCCUUCUUUUAAAGAAAAUAUGCUCUUGCAUUCCCUAAAAGCAUUAAUCUAUUUUCACUCAAACUAGUUGUUGGAAACACCUUUAGCAUAUGGGGAAAUUCUGUUGCCACCAAAGCAUUUAAACCGGUCACGGGUGAUAAUAUAAGUCUUCUCCCCCACUUUUUUUUUUUUUUGCAUUUCCAGAUCCUGCCCCAUCUAAUAGACUGUCAUAAUAAUCUAUUAUUGUGGAUCUAAACUGGGGCAGGGAAUUGGGAAUGGGGUGGGUGAUGAUAUCUCCAGAAAGGAAAGGGGGUGCAAGAAAAAUUAUUCCAGUCUAGUGCAGCUGCAUGGGGUUAGACAUCAUCCUCUGGUCAGACUUAAUGCUUCCUGGCAUCAUUGCAGGGCUCACCACUUGCUAAUAUGAACCACUUAGGUCAGAGGUAGGGGGGGCAGUGUUUCUUCAGAUUUUUUGGGAUUGUAAUGCCCAUCAUCCCUGACCGUUGGCAAUGCAGGCUGGAGACAAUAAGAACGGGAGUCCAGCUACAUCUGGAGCCUAUAGUUUCAUUAUACGUUUUGUCUCUUGCCGGUCUAGGUUUAAUUUUUGUAUGUUUUCCCAUUCAUGCACAGUCUUCUUCCUUGCAGUUUCUUUUUCUAUUCCUCAUCCCUCUGAAAACAAAGCUGAAUUUCUGUGGUUGCAGCACCCAUGUCCUUCACAAUGAAUGGAGUGGGGGGUUGGUUGCAGAGUGGAAACAGAAGUGUGGUUUAGAAUCUGGGCUUGUUAGCCAAGGUGUUACAGAGCUUGGAAAAGUUACUUUUUUGAACUACAGCUCCCAUCAGCCUAAUCCAGUGGCCAUGUUGCCUAGGGCUGAUGGGAGUUGUAGUUCAAAAAAGUAACUUUUCCAAGCUCUGGGUGUUCAGUCCCUGCUGAGUGGAUCUCAUGCUGCAAAUGCACUGUUUUAAAGAAAAAGACCUCCCUCUCUCUCUGCUGUAUCUGUAUACUGAUUUUCAUACAAUUUUAUCAAUUAAUGGCUCCCCCCAAAGAAUCCUAGGUGUGGUAGUUUGGUAAGGGUGUUGUUCAUUCUCUGUUAGAUAUCCAUGGAUGCCCUCACAGAACUACAAUCUCGUAGGAACAUGGGUGCCUAUGUUCCUAGGCAGGUAUGGGGAACUUUGGCCAUCCAGAUUUUGCUAAAUUACAACUCCCUUGAUCCCUGGCCAUUGGCCAUGUUUGCUAGGGCUGAUAGGAGUUGUAGUCUCUCUCCCCCACCUCCAUGGAAAAGUACCUGUAGAUGCCCAUGCCGGGAGAGAAGGAAUGUCUUAUCAAUAGCCCAAAGGCUUUAGCAAUGGGGGCAGCAAGUAUAGGACAAAGGCUGGAAAGAUGGACAGUGCAAAACUUUAAUGCAAACAAAUUAGGGGAAAGCCUCUCUCUUCUUAAUGAGUUAUGUGCUGCUUUUGCAGAACUCCCAAGGGUGUGUUUAAUGGCAAUAACAAGUGAUGAUUCAUGAGAUGAUAUGCGCACACACACAUCCUUGUAAUUAUCAGCAUCUAAAGGUGCUGCUUUGGGUGCCCCCUGAUUCCUGCCAGAUUCUUCUGAUAUUCUAUUGUAGCCUUCCAUUUUCCUCUCCCUUGCUGCUUUCCCAGAAAGCGCCAGGAUGGUCUUAUCCUUAAGCUUGCAGUCUGCUCAUCUGCCCCACAUUGUACAAGCAGACCCAUUUGUUUGUGUGUGUGUGCGUCUUUCUCUCUUCGUAGGAUAUGUGACUUGUUUUGCCGUCACCUGAGCUGUAUCCCGUUUUCUCUGCAAAUUCCAUUGGUUGUAGUCAUUCUCUCCCUUUCUCAGCUGGUCUGUCCUUUCUCUUUGGAACUUUAAAGCCAUGGAACCUCUUUUGCAAGUGCACAAAGAAACAAAAUCCAGCAAAUCCAGUUUGAUUUGUCUUUCAUAUGCUGUGUUGGCGUUGGGCAGUUAUUGCAGGACACAUUUCCAAGUGUCUACCCUCCCCUCAACCGUGUAGCCGUCAUGGGUGCCAGUGGUCCUGCAGUGUUGGAUGUAUGAACUCUCUCGACACCAGUGUGAGGCAGGGGCAACGGCCUUGGAUUCACCUCUUUCUAUCCUUUCCUCCCGAGGAGCUCUCCUCUUUCUGUCAUAAACCAGAUCCCCCAAUUCCCUCACCCUGCAGUCUGAAGCCACUUCCAGUUUUGCAGUCCAUCAUUUUAUAGGCCAUCCUUUUGACUGCCCCCCAUGCGCUUUGACUUCCUUCUCCAAGAAAAAGAAAAGAUGGAGAUAAUGGAAGCAUUCAGAGUUCUGCAUUCUACUUCGCAGCUGGAGCUGACUACAAUUUAAGCAGCAGGGGAGAGCCUGUAGCCCUCCGCAGAAGUUGCUGGACUGCACCUCCCAUCAUCCCUGGCCCCACUGGAGCUGAUGGGACCUGGAGUCCAACAUCAUCGUCUAACUUAAUAAGCCACUUCUAUCCUCUUGUAUAUUUCCAGUUCUUCAUGUGGUUCAGGCCCUCUUUUUAUGCUCAUGCCCAUGGCUCCCUUCUAAUGGCAUAAACAGUUAAGUCAUGUAUGUUUGUCUCAGCACAUCAACAGAUAUUCACCCCUGGACAAACCCUGAUCCACUGGCAAAGGCUUCUUGCCGUUGUGUGCACAAAGAGCAUUUGCUAGGCAUUGAAGCCUUUAUAGGCAGACCCUUGGAAACCAGCCUCUCUUAUUCUGUGACAGCCUAGGCCAGGCAUACCCAAUGCGGUACCCUUCAGAUGUUUCUGGACUACCACUUCCAUUGUCCCUGCCCCCAUUGGUUGCACUGGCCAGGCCCCAUGGGAGUUGGAGUCGCUACACCAUCUGGACCACCUUUGGUUCUCUAUCCCUGCAUUAAAGGGUGGUGUACCAACCACUCUGAUCCCUAAGUCCCAGCCCACUGGGAAAUUUUCUUAGGCAACCGCCACCCCCAAAAAAUGAAUGGGAAUGGCACAAGUCCCAUGUUUGCUAAUGGAAGAGAAGGUCAUUUAGUUUCUCCAUCUUGGGCACCAAACUCUUUUGUAAGCACCCAGCCAAGUUCUGUACCUUUAGCCUGCCCUGAUAGAGGCAAGCAAUUCAAAUAGUGCCACCUGCUAGCAGCCAAGGGGGAAAAAACGCACACCUCCAUCAAAACACUUUGCUGGUGUUUAUUGCUAUGUUGGAGUGAAGUUUUUGUUUAUUUGUAUAAGAAAGCUAUGCCUUUCUAAUACAUGUAUAUUAGUGACUUUUAAAUCAGUUAAGAUUUAUUUAUUUAAAAUCAGUAUUCGCAAUACAACCAUGACAAUCAAAGUAUAACAGUAUCCACAGAUGUGAUAAGGGCGGGCACAUCAGAUGCAGCACAGUGUUCUGCUAAAACUGAGAUGGAGAAAGUGAUGUUGGAUUAUGCAAUAGUUGCUUCAGUAAGGGCAGAAAUAAAUGCUGUGUGAUGCAAUCCUAUAUGCGUCUACUCAGAACUAAACCCCUUUGAGCUCAAUGGGGCUUACUCCCACAUAAGUGUGUGUAUUAUUGCAGUCUAAAGGAACAUGCAUAACUGAUGCAGGCACUUGUGGAGAAGGAGGAGGAGGAAUGAUAGCAAAUAUGGAAGUAUGCAUCUCCAAAUUCUGAUGAAUUGGAGGGGGGCUCCCUUCAUCCUCUUAAAUUGUUCCCACUAGCUUUAUUUCAGCCUGGUUAGAGUGAUCAGGGAAAAUAUGAAUGAUGUUAUAGCAACAUAUACCACAACCACCCAGGAUUCCUUCUAUGAACUCUCUCCAAGGUAACAACAAGGUGUUCAGUCUUCCUCACCCAAUUUAUCAGAGCUCACAUUUUAAUAUUGUGUAUGUGUGUGUAUAUAUAUAUAUAUCUAUAUAUCUAUUCAGCUUCCUUCAUUGCAAGGGCUCCACAUAGUUCCCCGGGAACAACCCCUCUGCAUCGCUUGUCACCCCCUCACACCAGCCAUCCGAGUAUCUUCGUGUCACAUAAAUAAUAGUCCCCUCUGCAAACGAGAGUUCUUUCUCCUGCUGCUGAGCAUAAGGGUAGAGGGUCACCACUGAAGGCAAUGGAAAAAGAAGAGAGAAAGGAGGUCAGGUGAUGGGAGGAAGCAACAAAAAGCACAUACAUGAUCUGAGCUCUCUGAAGAUCAUCUAAGAAGGAAGGAAAGAGGAAUGGCAAUUUUGGGAUCAUCCAGUCAAGGCGAUACAUGUAACCAAUGAGGCUUACUGUGACGGUGAUGGCAUAAAGAGCAGAGUGCCUGGGUGUCCUAAGAGGGGGGGGAGUGGAAGGCAGAGUGCUCUGACCCAUGGGACCUAGUCCAUUGGGAAGGUCUCCUGCACAUGGAAAUUAAUGAGAGCUCCUGAUAUAUAUAUAUAUAUAUUUUCCAAUAGGGCUCAUACAUCAGAGCUUCCCAGUGGACAAGGUCUCACUUUAGUAUGUGCAAGUUGGAUUUUACCUCUCAGGGACUCAAAUGUCUUUGUACAGCCCUGAUAAAGAGCUAUAGGAAAUCUAGAUUGAAAAGGCACAUAUACGGAAGAGAUAUCUUUCACUGCUGGUGGCAGGUGAAGAUCCGGAAGCAAAACAUUUGUGUAGAGAAAAUGCAGACAAACAAGCAGGGCAGCUGGUGACUCAAUGUCAGUGGGUUUUAGUCCGAACGUUCAAGGAGCUGUCCAGACCAAAACCUGGAGCAGAUUCCACUGCAAGCAGGAGUCCUUUAGCACAGGCAGAUGGCUUUGCCCUCAGUACCAAGUAGGUCAGGGUCUGGUCAAGCAGCUGGGAUUUGGGUUAUGUGUGAGCACAGCAGAAGACUUCCAGGUGGUUUAGACUCCUAGCAUAUCAAUGCCCAUUGCCAGAAUGCUGGAAUAAUGGUGUGUUAGCCCACUCUAGCAGUUUGAAUGUUUUUAACUAGGUACCUUUUUCCAGAUAGGUGUCUGGGGCCCAUGGUAAUUUCUCUGGGGGUGGUGAAGGGGGCAGGAGUGGAGGCCCCGGCUUCGCCAAACUAGAAAUCUCCAGUGGUGGCGGUGCUGGAAAAUCAUGAUCUGCAAAAGCACACACGCUGUUUGCUGACUGUUUCACAAACAAGAAAAUCAAAUGUGCUGCUAUGUACCUGCUUGCCUUGCUGGGGAGAGAAAAAGAGCAAUGUAUGGCACUGAAACGGUAUCCCACUCACCACCAUAAGAGCAUACAAAGAGCCCUGCUGGAUCAUACCCAAAGGCCUAUUUAAUCCAGCAUUCUGUUCUCACAAUGACCAACCAAGUGACCCUGGAAAGCAGGCCAUGCACACAACAGCACUUCUCUGUUCAUGUUCCCCAGCAGCUGGUCUUCAGAGGCAUACUGCUGUUGAUACUAUCUGACUAGUAGCUUUCUCCAUUCAUUGAUUGCCUGUUUAAAGCCCUCAAGAGUACUGAAAGCCCUACUCGGUUGCUCACUGGCUUUCUGAGAGCUCACCAGGAAUUAUCUGUUUUAUGCUCAUAUUUGUAACAAUAAGGGCUAGCAACUUGCUUUUUAAAAAAAGAAAAUACACUCAGGAUGUUGCGUUCUGAAACUAAUUCCACAGUACUGGACUUGUAGGGUGUAUACACCCAGGCACCCACUUAACCAAGCUGAUGUUGAAUUCAAGUUUGUUGUAGCUCUUUUCUUUUUAAAGGUCUUACCUGGCCCAGGGAGGUUUAGCAGGGGUUCGUUGUUCAUUGCAAAAGGUGGAAAUAGCAAAAUACUUUCUGGAGGAGGAGGAGGAACAUCACCUGCCUCUGUUGGUGGAGGAAAAGGUGAGAGCACAGGAGGUGUUGGUGGUUCAGUAGGUGGGCCCAUAAUGCUCUUGUUCAUCGCUUCUACAGGACUGCUGUGACAUUCAAACAAGGAAAAUUUCAGGUUAAUGAUUCCUUGCAGGUGUGGAACGAACGUUAUGUGACACUUGUAAAAGUGUCAGUUCUGCAGAUCAAAGCAGUUGAGUGAACAUAUAUAUAUAUGGGGGUAACGGUUUACAAGGUGUACAAAGUACUUUACACACCUUAUGUUGUUUAUAUAAAUGGAGGAUCAUAACAGUUCUCUGACCUCCAACCCUGCCUUGGCCAAGAACCUUAUUUUCAUUUUCCUUACACAAACAGCCACCAAUUUUCCCUUGAGUCUGUCCCGUUUUCUGCAAUACUGGGAAUCUCACAAAUUGUACCUUAGCAAUGACAAAGAUGAGGCAGAUGAGCGUUUGCCAUCUGGGACAACGGGCGGCUGUAUUGGCUCUGGAAUCCGGUGACUUCGCCUAAAAACACACAAGAUUUUGAGUAAAAGAUUUGCAUAUGUUGGGGACAUGAGAACAUAAGAACAACUCUGACUGAAGAGCAGACUGAAGGUCCAUCUAGUUCAGCAUCCUGUUUCCCACAGGGCUAACCUGAUGCCCCUGAGAAGCCCAAAAGCAAGACAUGAGUGCAGCUGGCAUUCGGGGUCACCCUAACUCCAAAACCUGGAGAGUAAUUUAUAGCCUAGUAACUACUGGUAGCCUUUUCCUCCUUCAGUCCCUAA